CGGGAUGAGAAACGGGUCCCAGGGAAUGGGUCGAAACAUUUGGGGGUCCAUGUCAUGGAAAACAUGGCGUCGGGGAUCUGGGGACGGAGGUUAAUGCAAAGGGGGGUCCGCCAGAGCGCCGGAUCUUGCAGGAUUUUGCAGAGCCAGGGUUGCGUUGACCCGGGUUACCUUGAAGGACCCUGCAGGAUCCUGCAGGAUUUUGCAGGAUCUUGCAAAGUCUGAUUGACCACCGUUUUCACUGACCCAGGUCAGUAGAUCCCCGAGGCUGGCCGCUGACGUUGGGCUUCGGUUGCGGGGCGCUCACGAUACUCUCGGGGCGUCACCUGAACCUCCUCGGGUAUCUGUUGGUGGACGCGGCCCUGAUAUGCUGGGAGCUGGUCCACCCUCAGCUGCAGCGGUACACGAUGACGAUGGCCCUCCUGGCGGUCAAUACCGUUUGCGUCAUCAGCACCCUUGCCUGCUUCGAGCAACUCGACGAGAUAGCGAAGUUGCAGCAGCGAAUAUCGAAAUACCAGGCGAUGUCAGAGAAGAUGAAAGUGGAGUUCAAGCAGGUGAACGAUAAGUGGAAAAAGGUGCAACAGCUGCACGACCUGUGGAACUACCGCACCAUGCCGUUCCUUGCGAUCAUGGGGAAGAUCCAAAACGCCCUGGAUGACAAGGAACGCAGCGAUGAUUUGCAGGUAGAAUGGCUCAGGCGCGCAAACGAUAGCCUCGAGAUUCUGGAUGAGAAGCUUGGGCUCGCCAGCGACUGGACAGAAGCUGGCCAGCAGCCCCGGACCAAGGAGUGGAAGGAGACAAUAGGGAGGCAGCUGAGAAACGAAGAGCAGCGAGAGGACGUGGACGAGCUGAUCCACUUCCUCCCGAUGCUCACCAAUCCCCAGCUGUCCAUGUGGUCCUCGUUCAGCACGCCAGAUGCCGGGCGAGCCUAGUUCCCCCGGGCCCCCACUCGCCACUCGGACAUGUGCGUACCCCUUUCGGGCGUCCAAAUGGCCGUGCCCCUUUCGGGCGUCCAAAGGACGGGAGUGGCGCCCGCGCGACCGGUUUUUCGCCCCGCCGCGAGGCGGAGGACCGGCCCGGCGCGCGGGCAGGCAACGCCCCUGCAGCGCCGCCGCGGGGGCGAGCGCUGCACGGCGGCCUCCCGUCCCUCUUCAGCUGCAGCUGCAGCAGCGGCAGCUCUGCGCUCGUCGCUCCAGCAUCGGAGAUUGGCUCCCUGCCCAUGCACAGUGAUGUCUCCGGCGUGAAAA